AUGUCUGACCUUCUCAGACAGCACCUUGAAGACCUCCUAGCUUCUCCUCCUCUCCCCAGUCUGGAAGAUGCUGAAAAGGAAGCCUUCAUCGACAACCUCCUCACGCUCCUGCACAACAAGAUCUUCAUCUUGUCGCAAAAGAACCCGGAGCAGCACAUCUACGGGCCUCCCCCCAGCACCCCGUCACCACCCUCCAACCCCGACCCAUCCUCGCUCUCAACCCCAAGCCUAACCUCGGGAAGUUGGAGCUCAUCAAGCGUCACCACAGAAAGCUCCGCUGCACCCCGCGCCCCUUCAAUCUCCCACAGCCACAAGUUAAGCACCAGUUCCUGGGCCACCGACAAAAGGCGCUCCUUCCCGUCGGACUUCAACCCCAAUGAUCCGGAACACCAUGAGAGCGUCGACAUCCGGUUGAUAAGGGUGACCGGGCCAACUGUGGGCGAUGUGCGCAAUAUGGGUGUCGAGCCGCAGUUGGUGGUGGGCGAGUACAUUGUCGCGAAGGCGGAGUUUGUGUCGGAGAAAGAGGAGGGGCAUAUGGAGAAGGCGUUGAGGAUGUUGGUGGAGGUGGUGAGGGAGUUGGUUGAGCGGGCGGAUGAUGAAGAAGACAAGGUGGAGCAGAAUGAGGACGAGUAG